AGUUUCCCAGUUCCGACCUACAGCAAAUCCCUGAAAAUGGGAGGAGAUAAGUUGAUCCAAAAGCUGCUGUGUGACUUGAAAACCCGUCAGUCUUGACACUAAUCUGUUUUAACGCUCAAGUUUUGGACAAUUUGGAGUCAUAUUUCUACACAGCUACCUAUAGCUCUUUUUCUUUCUCUGAAUAUACAUCUUGCUGAGAGUUGCCGGCCAGCAGAGCAGCAUGUCAGAGGAGCCUGACAGCGUGUUGCUCUGCUCUGUCAACACAGCAGCCGUGCCACGACACGAGCUGUUGUGCAUCUUUGGGACGGGGGACUUGGGGCGCUCUCUGGGUCAGCGCCUGCUCCAGUGUGGAUACAAAGUGGUCUACGGCAGCCGCAGACCCGGCAGUUGUGGCUCCUUGCCUGCAGGAACUCAGGCGUUGAGCCAUGAGGCAGCAGCCCAACAUGCCCAUUUGAUCUUUAUUUGUGUUCAAAGAGAACACUACGACUUUAUGGAGCCACUAGCGCCACAACUUAAAGGAAAGGUGUUGGUGGAUGUCAGCAAUAAUCUCAAGAAAAAUAUGUACACAGACGCUAAUGCAGAGUAUCUGCAGAGACUGAUCCCUGGAGCUCAUGUGGUGAAAGCUUUUAACACUUUGUCUGCCUGGGCCCUUCAGAACGGACCCGCAGAUGCUAACAGACAGGUGUACCUGUGUGGAAACAAUGCUGAGGCCAAGCAAGCCGUGGCAGAGAUUGCUACCAAAAUGGGUUUCAGUGUUCUGGAUAGAGGAUCUCUGUCUGCAGCCAGGGAACUGGAAGACUUCCCCUUGCAGCUGUUCCCAGGGUGGAGGCUGCCCAUCAGACUGACCAUUGGGCUCACUGCCUCUUUUUUCUUCUAUUUGCUCCUAAGAGAUGUCUUGUACUCAUACAUUGCACAACAAAAGGACAUGUCCUUCCGGAUCAUGGUGUCUUUGGCCAAUAAGGUGUUCCCCAUUGUUUCUCUCAUCCUGUUGUCUCUCUGUUAUCUGCCUGGAAUCAUAGCUGCGUUCCUUCAGCUCUACAGAGGAACUAAAUACAAACGUUUUCCAGACUGGUUGGAUCGCUGGAUGCUGUGCAGGAAACAGUUGGGACUGUUAGCUCUUGCCUUUGCUUCCCUGCACGUUCUCUACACUCUUAUCAUUUCCUUCAGGUACUAUGUGAGAUUUCGGCUUGCAGCUCACACUAUCUCCCAGAUAAGGGAGAACAAAACCUCACCGUUUGACACCACCAUGGCCUGGCGCACAGACACGUACUACUCCAUGGGAAUCAUAGGAUUUGGCUUUUAUCUCCUGUUAGGAAUAAGUUCACUCCCUUCUGUCAGCAAUGCUCUCAGCUGGAGAGAGUUCAGCUUCAUUCAGUCCAAGCUUGGAUACAUCACAUUAUUCUUCUGCACCUUUCACACCUACCUUUACGGUUGGGACAGAUUCCUCUACCCCUCCACCUACAAGUGGUUCACUCCUCCUGGAUACAUGCUUUCGCUGGUGGUUCCCACAGUGGUGCUGCUUCUCAAACUGUUGCUCCUCCUGCCCUGCGUGGACAGAAGUCUCACUCGAAUUCGACAGGGCUGGGAGAGGACCGAUCCUGAAGAAGAAAGCAUGAAGUCGCUGCUUCGAUAGAGCCGUCAUUAUCAGUCACAAUUCAGUUCGUAUGACCUGAAAACACGAGAUUUUAUUUUUAACAGAUCAUUAGACCUCCACGGCUGCAUAUUUCUAAUGCCAAAGAGAGUCAACAACAAAAGUUUUCACAUCUUAAUCCAUGAUAAGGCACCUGUUUUAGAUUAUACAGCAGUAUUUCUUGAAUACUAGUACAUCACUUAUGUUGUUUGUUUUAUGAUUUGUUGUUAUUUUUUAUUGUAGUUUAAAACAUGUAAAAUAAAUAAAGACCAAAGUUUAACAUAA